UGAUUCAGCAAAUGUGUUACUGCGGGUGUUCAGUGCCACUUUCUCCAACACCAGCGGAUCUCUAACUGCCGAAAGGAAGGAGCCUUGAAGCACAGUAAAUGAAUCCUCCUUUCGCAAAAUAUAAACAUCAUUUAUAUACGCUUGAACCUGAAGGUUGGAUUAGUGAGCAGAAAUAACCGAAACUGCGUGAUGCAGGAAAACUUAUCGAACAUUUCGAAGAAGUACGCGGCAUACUGUGUCUGUCAGACUCAGCUAGCUAACCAACCCUUUCGACCAGUCAGCCAGCCAGCCAGCCAACAACCAGUAAGUCAGUGAGUCAGUUAGACAGUCAAACAACCAAGAGCCAGACGCUCAUGUAAGUGUUCUGAUUUCUUUCUUACGUAUCUGAAAGUAUAUCCACAGAGGAGGAAGUAUUCUAUCGAACUUGAUGAAAUACAACCUUAAGCCGGUCAUGUAAAUUUUGCCCUUCCAGUGUCGCGAGACUGUGUUUAAAGACUUGUUGUAAAUGUGAAACGUGCAAGUAUGUAGUAACACCUUUUGCGCCUGUACAGUAGUUCUCAUUUUUUAUCAUUCAAAUAUCGGUAAUACGAUGUAGUGUAAUAGAAAAACCUACCAGACACGCAAGGCGUCUAGGUUGUUAUCGUUUGCUAACGUAUCCUGGAUAUUCGUCUUCAUAUGAUGCGCAUUCUUUGUUGAGAGAACAAUACGGAAACCGAUUUUCCAGGGCUGCCCUCGAGAAUACACAUUUACUAAAUAUAUGAACACAGGUGGUUUUUGGGGCUUGUACCAUUCGUCCGUAGGUGAGACUAUAUACUGCGCGCCUGAUACUGGUCGUUUCUACCACAAAUCCUGUGCUUCACUUUGAAGACUCUGUCAAGGAUAAGGCGGCGGCACAACGUGAUAAGAAACACGUUUCAUGUGGGUGAAUGGUCUGAAUCUCAAAAACUUCAAAUUAUUUUGAUAACGGCUAGCUAUUUCUAGCCCUUAUUUCUAUGAUUCCGUAAAAUGGAUUGUACCAUAAGCGCCAUCAGGAUUUAUUGAAACCAUAUUGUAAGUUCCGGAGAAUUUAGCUCUGUGGUAACUAGUUGUGGUAGAUGUGAAUGGUAUAUUGUAACUGAUGAACAGGGCAAAUAAUACGGAUAGGUGAGUGUAGAUCAAUCAAAAGUCGUAGGGAAACAAAGAAAAUUACUACGGGGUCCCAUGGAUCACAUUUCUUUCAAGAUCCGUGACAUAUGAGCAUGUGGAUUGGAUUCAUUUAUCUAUAAAAAUAGUUCCGUUUUUUUCCUAUCGAUUUGCCAACCGACUUCAUAAUCGAUUUUUCAUCCAAUACUUCAUACUCCAGCAGACGUUGUUUACUCACUGUUCCCGGGUGUUUACCGAAAUGUUUUUCUUUGAUAUAUAUAUAUUGUCAAUAUUUUAAUCGCUUCUAAAUAGAAAAUGAUGGUUCAACCACAUGAGGCCAGCUAAUAUAGCUCUUCUACAAUGUUGGAUCAUCUACAGUCUAGCAAGUGCGAGGGCUAUGGAUUAGUUACAAGGUUUUUUUUUAUUUUCUGACUCUGCUUUGCGGUCCAUUUUUAGGGUUAUUAAUGGAAUCAUUUAUUCCUAGCUGCAGAGCAGGAAGUCAGCCACUUAAUGGAAAGACGAGAUAAAGUGAUUGUCUUCUACUACCUUAAGGAUUGCGGUUGCUUUGCUGAUAUGAAAAAAUGAAGUUUAAACCUUAUUGUAAUUGUAAAUAUUUUUGUAUUGCUAUUACUGCUGCUCAUUGGGAGGAGUUUCAGCAAUGCAAUUCAAUGGUAAGGUGUUAGGAAUACAGACGAAGCAGGAGUUAACAAGAUUAAGAUUAAUUAGCAGUUUUGAUGUAGAUUUAGUAUCUUUAAAGCAAUUCAUUUCGGUAUGAAAUCCUUUGGGAACAAUUAGUGAAAAUGACGAGCUCUCUCGGGCCAUUACGAAAGAUAUGUGUCGAGAUGCACAAAUGAACGAAACGUGAUUUUUAAUUGACAUGAAUGGAAUAUAUUCGAUCUGUAUUCUGACUUAGUUGACACGGUAUUCAAGUAAAACGCAGCGAAAUGGGAAAAAAGGACAAAUGAAGUUGGCAUCCGCAAUCCUUUAUCUAAAAGUAAUGAGAAAAUCGAGUGCGGUUAAUAUGGCGAAGAAAUGUAACACUGACGCUAUCCGUAUAUGCUAGGAAUUUACAGAACAAAUUCAAAUAUAUGAUAAGCGUAUCGACAGUCGUUUGAGCGAAAAUAGUGAAACAGCUAACUUAUGUGAAUAGAGACGAGCGUAUCAUAUGAAGGAAUGUGUAAGUUAUUCAGUAAGUUUCUGGUUUUUACGAUGAGAAAAAGAGUAUGAACUGAGUGACGACAAAAAAUAAAAUUUUUUGAUCGCAGUUAAGCUGCUGGAAGAAAUGAAAGACCCGCAGAUAAGAAUUUGAAACUAGGGGAAAUAAACUUAAACGAAGUAAACAACAUUAUAUGAAUGUAUAAUGUGUAAAAAGCAGCUUAAAACACUUUGGUAAAAUAUCUGGACAAGGCGUGUGUGUUGGUUGGUGUAUCAGCGUGUAUGCAGGUAUUCAAACAGGAAUGAUGAUGCCGUAGCAAUGAAACAUUCUAAUUUGUCGCUGUUGAGUGAGGAAUGCUGUUGCUAGCUGUGUCUGUAAGAAUCCUGCGUAACAGUACGCCAUAAUUAAACGCUCUUUGUGAUGCUCGUGAAGCUGGGGUAUCGUUUGGCGCUACUUUUCGGGCAAACACACGGCAUAAUUGUGGAAUGGUAGAGGGUUUUGUGGAGUGCAUGCAAAGAAAGGAAGAAGAGGAAACUAAGAAAUAAGUAGUAUUGGAUAGAGAGCUCGAGUCUAUGCGAAUCGACUUUAAGGACAACAAAUAACACAAGAAGAAUUUAUGGUAAGAGUAAGGAAGAGAGAAAACACCGAAAAACAAUACAAACACACGAAAUGAAA